AGCAGACGCUGAAUUUUAAAGAUUUUAUUAAGAGUUUAAAGAGAGUGUGAUGUAAGGUCAUAUCUUAGUAACCAAAAUGAGCUUUAAAGGAAUCGAGGAUUUUAUAGCGAAUUCUCAGUGAAAUGAAGGCAACAAUGUGAUUAUCUUGUGAAGAAAACUUUUAAUUAGCCUCCAGAAUCUGUGAAGCACCAUGAAAAUUAAUGAGAAAACUCUCAUAGCUUAUGCCAUUUCCCCAUCGCCUCCAGAUAAGGAAGGCCUUCUGCUGAAGAAAGGAGAGGUAAACAAAGGCUUUCAGAAGCGAUGGUUCGCCUUGAAAGGAAACCUUCUGUUUUACUAUGAGAAGAAGGGUGACAAAGAACCAGUGGGUGUCAUUGUUUUGGAAGACUGUACUAUUGAGUGUUUUGACAGUGGGGAUGGUUUCUCAUUUAUGAUCAACUUUCCAGGCUCACACAGUCGAACGUACAUUCUGAGUGCAGACAGUCAAGAGGAAAUGGAGUCAUGGAUGAAGGCACUGUCUUGCUCAAGUUAUGACUACAUGAAACUGCUGGUGUCAGACCUCCAGCGAAAGCUGGAUGAGGUCAAUAAGGAUGAGACUAGCAAGCUGGUUCACAUGGGAGACAGAGCGUCCAGAAUGGUGUCGCGCACUUACUCUGAUGCAUUUAGUCCAAAAAUGGAAGGGGUGGAUACAGCUGAGGAGGCAUUGAUAUCAUUUGGGGAUAACUCCUCGGCCAGCGGUACUGGCAGUCAAAACAGCACGCCCAUGGAACGCUUUAACCCCUUCGACCCACCUAGCUCCAAGGGGGUGGUGAAUGGUGGACAACCAGUGCUUGCCCCACCUCCCGUGGCAUCUAUGCGCAAUGCCCAUCAGAUGCGCAAGGCCCAAAGCCUCCCCGACCGCCAUCAUAAACCGAGGACGUUUAGUGAAAUGCACGAAGAAUUUGGACAGCUGAUCAAGGAUCGCUUAAAGCAGUCAACACUGGCAGAGACAGACAGCAAACCUAAAGCAUCACCAAGAAAUCAACCCAAGUCCUUGUCGCUAAAUCUUCCCACAAAUACGUAAAAGUAAUAAUACAGCAUACUUGUAUAUCAAGGCCUGAUUAUCUCCCUUUGUAAAGGAAUAAAAGCUGUUAGAGAGGGGUCUAGAAAAUGUCACACGGACACUAGCUUUUCGUUUUAAACACAUGUAGUUACACAGGCAAGAAAAUUUUAUUCCCGUUUAGCCUUUUGCUUGAGUUGUUACUCUUUUAUGUCUCAAAUGGUCAAUUGAUGUAAAAAAGACAAAUAUUUCUCCUUACCUUGAGGCCCACAUCGUAAAUGCUGUUGAUUUUAACAGAUUAUCUUUGUCCUUACUAGUCCUGAGCAAGAAAGUUUGAUGUGAUGGGAAGAUAAUGGUGGUGUUAACUUCUUAUAAUGGCUAAUUGGCUCAAUGUGUAUUCACUGCACCCUGUUCCCCUUCAUUGUAACUAGACAUUAUGACAAUUACAUACAUGUUGUAGUAUGCUAGCUUCAUGCACAUCUUCUCUUAAAGGGAAGGUCAUCUAUAAAGCCAUUGUGAUUUUUCACGUAGUAAUAGUAACAGUUAGGUUUAUUUAGUAAUAUUUUUCAUUUGAGACUGCAUGUAAGUAUUGCUUCUGUUACCAAGAGAGAUUAUUCUAUUACUAACCAAAAAAGGGAAUGUCAUUAGAGUGUUGUUUUAUCUGAAGAAUGGCUUUUUAUUGAAACUUUUAGAACCAUGUCUGGAUACAUGUAUGUAAUCUUGCAUGUCAGUCACUGACAUGGUGUUCCCUCUCCACACUCAGUGCUUGCCCUAGAAAAGAAGAACAAGAUGGUAGCCUUUGGUCACUAUUAUCUUGCUAUGAGGUGAUGAAACUAGUGAUUUUAAAUCUGUACUUACCUCAAAUAUUAGUUCAAUAUUGAAGUCUUGAAAUUUAGUAAUUAACAGGUAUACAUCUAUCUUUUGCCAAUUUUAUCAAUACUUAAUGCUGUCGUGUUUUUAUUUUAUUAGGAAAGAUGUCCUGUGAAAUAUUUUUAAUGCAUAGUUUGUUGCUUUUAUUUUUCUCAUACUUUACACUGUAUGUUAAAAUUGUGUUUCUUUAUUUUAUUUUUGAAGGCUUAAACGUUGACAUCUUUGUUAAUGUUUCUUAAUUUUUCACCUUUAGGUGUAAUAAGUUAAUGGUUAAGAUUUUUAAUUACCUAAUGAGACACUGAAGAAAGUUAAUUUCUUUAAAAUUCUGCAUGCGCAUAAUGAGAUUUUUAACAUGAAUUUUCAAUAUCUCGGAUGAGUAUGUGUGUACAUGAAAUCUGGAAUCAAUCUUUUACGACAUCUAAAUUCUUAAAGGGCCAAAGUUUAUUUGUAGAAAUAGUAUAAUGAGGACUAUGAUGAAAUGUGCAAAAUAGCAUCCCAGGCAUUAGGGUAUGACACAAUCAGUUACCAGCGGAAUUUCUUUUUGCUGCUGAUGUUCUUUUUUUACAAGACAAUCCAUGAAGUGUCAAAAACUCCCAAAUUUUUGUUUGAGGUUAAUAGUAGCUUAUAAUAACUAACUGUUUGUUCUGUUAGCGCAACAUCUCAGCAGGUGGGAGCCCUUAAAAAUUAAAGCAAUAUUCGUCACUUUCUAGGUUUCCAAAUGACAGAAUAUAGCAUAUAAAAUGAAAAAUAUGACAAAUGAGAAGUACAUCGGAGUUUAUAACCUGAGAUCAUUUGUUUUUUGAUGUUUUUAAUUCAAGGGUGGUAACCCAUACAUGUAAAUUGCGAAAUAUGGGAGAGAAUGCAGAGAGCAUAAAAAUGUAUGAACAGGUGAAGAAUAUCACAGAAAAGGUAACAAAUAAUUGACUGGUACAGACUUUAUUAUAGAUUCUUAAAUGGAUAUUAACUUUGAUGACAACUUUGCACUAGGUAAUAACAUACAUUUAUAAUUAUUAUUUUCACUCUAUAUUUUGAAGUCAACAAAUGUGUAUCUUACAGCUUUACUCUUCAUUUAACUUCAUGGCAAAACUUUCUGUAAAACCUCAGAAAUGUGUGUAAUAUAAUAAUGUUCUAUUUUUGUUAUGAAUCUGUAGGCCUGUAAUGUUUUUUUUUAACAUUUUGGUACAUAAUUAGCAUAAUCUGUACAUUUUUAACAAGAGAUUAUGACAGUCAAGCUAAAGAUGGCUUUUUUAUACAUUUUCUUGUGUUUUUUUUUAC